AUGGCAGCGGUGCCGCACGUCGUGGUGAUCACCUUCCCCUUCGCCUCCCACGCGGUGAAGCUGUUCCGCCUGGCGCGCGCCCUGGCCGCCGCGGCGCCGGCCGCCACCUUCUCCUUCCUCUCCACCGCCGGCUCCAUCGCGCAGCUGCAGGAGAAGAACCAGGACGCCCUCGAGGCCAACCUACGCUUCGUGGAGGUGCCGGACGGGUUAACGUUAUUGCCACCGAGCUCGGGUGGCGCCGGGCCGGCAGCGCCGCCGAACCAUAUGGCGCGUCUCGGGCUCUUCCUGGCCGCCGCUGAGGCUGGCGGGGUGGGAGUGGCGCUGGAGACGGCCCGCCUUGCUGCCGGCGGUGCCAGGGUCACCUGCGUCGUCGGCGACGCGUUCGUCUGGAUGGCCGCCGAGGCGGCCGCUGCGGUGGGGGCACCAUGGGUUCCGGUCUGGACCGGCGGUCCGAGCGCGCUCCUUGCGCACCUCCAAGGUGACGCGCUGCGCGACGACAUCGGCGACAAAGCGGCGAGCCGGGCGGACGAGCUACUGACCUCGCACCCGGGCCUCGGAAGCUACCGCGUCCGGGACCUCCCCGACGGCUGCGUCUUCGGCGAGAUGCACCUGCCGAUCGUCGCCCUGUUCCGUCGCGUGGCCGAGCAGCUGCACGUUCCCCGCGCCGCCACCGCCGUGGCCUUGAACACCUUCCCAGGCCUCCUCCCCGACGACGUCACCGCCGCUCUCGCCACGGAGCUCCCGGAGGUCCUCCCCAUCGGCCCCUUCCAUCUUCUCCCAGUGCCCGGCGACGACGACAACGCCGCCGCGGCCGACCCGCACGGAUGCCUCGCCUGGCUCGACGGCCACCCGGCCCGCGCAGUCGCGUACGCCAGCUUCGGCACGGUCGUCACCGCCGUGGUAGGAGGACAGGAGGAGCUGCGCGAGCUCGCGGCCGGGCUGGAGGCGUCGGGCGCGCCGUUCCUCUGGUCCCUGCCAAAGGAGUACUGGCCGCUGCUUCCGGCGGGGUUCCUCAACCUAGAGCGCGCCAAGGUGGUGCCCUGGGCGCCGCAGGCGGCCGUGCUGCGGCACGCGUCGGUGGGCGGCUUCGUGACGCACGCCGGGUGGGCCUCGGUGCUGGAGGGCGUGGCCGGCGGCGUGCCCAUGGCGUGCCGUCCCUUCUUCAGCGACCAGCGGAUGAACGCGCGGAUGGUGGCGCACGUCUGGGGUUUCGGCACGGUCUUUGAGCAGCCAAUGACGCGCGAGACCGUGGUGGAGGCCGUGUCGUCGCUGCUCGCCGGCGACAAAGGCACCCGGAUGCAGGAGAUGCGGGACAUGGCGGCCACCGCGUUCGCGUCCGACGGCGGCAGCAGGAAGAACCUGGAUAAGCUUCUCAACAUAGUCUGUACAUCAUCACAAGAGCACAGGCGUGAUGAUCUUCAUGUCGACGAAGCAGAGCAGACGAGAUGCGCACCUGCACAUGAUCUGCUUAAUGCCACCAGCCUAGCGCACACCGUGGCUGACUGA